GAGCGUAGUUUUUCUCUCAACGUCGUCCGGUUCGGUUGUUGUUGCGUGCGCGUCUUGGAUCUCUCGAACACUAACGACAUUUGGAUUUACCCACCAUCAGAGCCAAGCCAAAGCCAAAGGCCCCCAAGUGCUAGAGUCAGAGUGCAAGAGUCGCCAGAGCCAGAGCCAGAGUGCAACACGAGUGAAUCAGUAUAAACAGAGCCAGAACCAUCGCGGACAUCCAAGUUCUAGUCCCCAGUGCAACCCAAGAACGUCUUUCGGUCGUAUCCCCUUGAAACUGUCGCGCAGCGAGUAAAAUGCGACGUACAUAGAACGCAUCCAUCUCCGCAGUGCACCCCGUCACAAUAGAACCUUGCAUCCAGCCACAAAGCAAAGAGUCUGCGGCAGACAGAACGAACAGCGAAAGAGCUACAGGAAGAGAACGAGGUAGCAGCAGGACGCCGAGGAGCAUGGCCACCAACACAGAGCUUCUGCCCUUCCACCAUCAGACGACCAUUUCCCUGCAGACAGCGGCCGCCCUCACCAACUAUCAUGGCGGCGGGGGCAGCACAGCCGCAGCGGGUGGAGCCGCUCCCAGCGGAGCCAAUGGCGCCCCUGUCUGGGGCAUGGACGAACUCUACCCACAGACUGAGCUGCCCGGCCUCACACGCAGCGCCCACCACCUGCUGCGCUUCACGCCCUACGCCCUGCACCACCGCCCGCAGCUGCAGACCCUUCCGCCGGCGCUAUACCUGCAACACGCGGCCGCGGCAGCAGCCGCCGCAGCAGCAGCAGCGGCCCAUGCGCAGCACCACCAUCACCAUCAUCACCACCACCAGCACAGACCCGCCUCGCCGGAGAGCCCGCCCCCAGUGGAGGGCACGCACAUCAGCAACCUCUUCCCGGAACUGCUCGAGCAGAUCUUCGAGCACCUGCCGGUGCGGGAUCUGGGCCGUGCGGCCCAAGUGUGCAGCGCCUGGCGGGACGCGGCCUAUGCCAAGAGCGUGUGGAAGGGCGUGGAGGCCAAGCUGCACCUGAAGCGCUCCAGCCCCAGUCUAUUCAACUGUCUGGUGAGGCGCGGCAUCAAGAAGGUGCAGAUUCUCUCACUGCGCCGCUCGCUCAAGGAUCUGGUGCUGGGUGUGCCGGCGCUGACGUCGCUGAACCUCAGCGGAUGCUUCAACGUGGCGGACAUGAACCUGGGACACGCCUUCAACGUGGAUCUGCCCAACCUCAAGACGCUGGACCUCUCGCUCUGCAAACAGAUCACGGACACGAGUCUAGGCCGGAUCGCGCAGCAUCUGCGCAACCUUGAGAAUCUGGAGCUGGGCGGCUGCUGCAACAUCACCAACACCGGCCUCCUGCUGAUCGCGUGGGGCCUGAAGAAGUUGCGUCACCUGAAUCUGCGCUCCUGCUGGCACAUCAGUGACCAGGGCAUCGGUCACCUGGCGGGCUUCAGUCGCGAGACGGCCGAAGGCAACCUCCAGCUGGAGCACCUCGGCCUGCAGGACUGUCAGAGAUUAAGCGACGAGGCGCUGGGACACAUCGCGCAGGGCCUCACCUCCCUGAAGUCCAUCAACCUGAGCUUCUGCGUCAGCGUGACGGACAGCGGGUUGAAGCACCUGGCGCGCAUGCCCAAGCUGGAGCAGCUGAAUCUGCGCUCCUGCGACAACAUCUCGGACAUCGGGAUGGCCUACCUCACGGAGGGUGGCAGCGGCAUCAACUCCCUGGACGUGAGCUUCUGCGACAAGAUCAGCGAUCAGGCACUGACGCACAUCGCCCAGGGACUCUACCGCCUGCGCUCCCUCUCGCUCAACCAGUGCCAGAUCACGGACCAGGGCAUGGUGAAGAUUGCCAAGUCGCUGCAGGAGCUGGAGAACCUGAACAUCGGCCAGUGCAGCCGCAUCACGGACAAGGGCCUGCAGACGCUCGCCGAGGAUCUCACCAACCUCAAGACGAUCGAUCUCUACGGCUGCACGCAGCUGAGCUCCAAGGGCAUCGACAUCAUCAUGAAGCUGCCCAAGCUGCAGAAGCUCAACCUGGGCCUGUGGCUGGUCAGAUGAUGCGUCCACCAUGACUGCAAUGCCUGCGCGGAGGCGGAGGCAGCAGAAGCGGCAGCAUCGGCGCUCAAGAGAAGGAGCUCCACCACUAACAGCAAUCCCAACAGUACGAGUUCCAAUGCUACCAAUGCUGGUCCGGGCUAGACUUCUGGCGGAGAAGAGACACUCGUGGAGUGUGGAGGUGGUGGCCCUGAAGUGUGCGUGUGACUUUCAAUCCUACCUACCCAGCGGAUUGGAUUGCCGACUGCCGAUUGACCAUGCCCAUUUGCCCGUGUGUCCAGGACAGCGUCGAGAAGUUGCAUGUCGUCUGGCUGUGGCACGUAAUUACAUGGGGAGAGGGGAAUGGAAUGGUAAGGGCAGGGCGGGAAGUCAACUUCGGGGCAGACAAGAUACACUGAAAACUCAUAGCUUUCGUUUGCCAUACCACACGCUGUACUAAAUUUUUUCGUACGAAUCGUGUAGAAGCGGAGAGACGUGGAGAGGUGGAGUAGAGUGUCAGAAAGAGACGUAGAAACAGGCGGAGGCAGAAACAACAACAAAAAGCAAACAAUGAAACACAUACACGAACACAUACACUGCGACAUAGCAAGAGCGAAAGAGUGGGAAGCGAGGUGGGGCGACGGCGGCGUCAUGGAGCUUGCUCUGUGUUGUUGUGCCGCUGGUUCCUAAGGGGGAUAGAGCGGUGGGACGGGGCCCCCACUGGCGUCGGCUUACACGCACGCAGCGAUAAAAAAAAGGAAAAAAACAGAAACAGAAACGAGAGAAAAAA